AGAUAUGUCAGAUAAAAAGAGGUCAUUGAAAUAUCUUCCAAUUUAUUCAUUUCUCUUUUCAAAUGAAAAAGGCUCUAGUUUAUAUAAUGUUUAUGACCAGGAUGAAGUGGUAGAUAAAUUGGUUAUCAAAAUUGAUCAAGACGAUCGAGCCCCAAAGUUUUCCAUUGCAGACGACAUUUCUGAAGUAUAUGAUUUACCUGGGAUUUAUAAAUGUAUUAACGGUCAAAAACCUUUAAGAGCUGUGAUUGAUAUCGAUACGUCAAAAGUGGAUAUGGAAACAGCUGAUAUUCUCAAAGGGUUAAUAAUUACUACAUCAUCAGAUCCUAGCAAGUGUAGCUACCAUAUUUUAUAUGCACCAGCUCUCCUUAUUGAUCAUCAUGAACUUAAAGCAUUCACUGAAUUAGUAUAUAGUUUGACUGGUGAAAAAUUCGGCAAAUACAUUGAUAGAGGAUUACCUGGCCAUAAUUUUAAUCUUCGCCUUGUUAGUUCAGCAAAAAAAGGACUUGAAGUAAGACCUCAAAUACUUAGUACAGAAAAAAAUAAUGAUCUGUUAAGAAUAUCUAUAGAGCAGGAUAUAUUACAAAAAUAUGCGGAUCUAAUUUUGCAAAAGUAUUCUAAAUAUCUUAGGAAUUGGAUUAUUGAAGAAAAGGAAGAGACAAAGGAAAACUUAAUAUAUUUUAACUGA